AUGUCAGUCCAGCGAGCAGCCAGUCUCUUUCACCGCUUCAAUCAUCAAACUGCUCGAUUUGCAACGAUCAUCUUCAUUCCUGAUCCCAGACUUUCGGAAUCCGUCAAUGACCAUGACGAUACAUCCACAUAUCUAUACGAGAUGACUUGUUGGAUUGACCCUCAGGCGCUGUCUCGCAUCUCGCUCGCCGCUCCGCGCUGCGCAUACCUCCCUGAGGCUUUGUUGACCAAAUCGGCUGGAAGGGACGACAUCAACCUUUCCAUCGAUGUUGUAGAUUACCCAGACUUUGUGACGGCCGUAACGUUGCACUCUCCAGACGAUGAAAUGUGGCGUCGCCUGCUAAGGGCAGACGCCAUAAUCGGUGGCCCUGCACUGAACGAGAACUACAUGCAUCCAGCGUACAUGAUCCAUCUUGACGCGUACAUCGCGGGGGUGUCGCUGCUUGAACAGCGCGUGUUUCUCUGGCCCUGUGCAAAGUCGCUGUGGUGUGGUGGGAACAAAACUACGCUGGCCGCUGAGCUCCAGUUCAUCGCCACGCACAUAACACAUACGCCCCGUCCGGCAGAACGUGGAAUUCAGGGGCCUCCUGGUCCUCCCAAAAUGGGCUGGGUCCAGAAGAGAGGAUACUCUGCGCGUGCGGAACAUGUGCUCCUUCCAUCCGAGAUGGAGAUUGGAGGAGUGCCCAAGAGUCUGGAUGAGCCUGCACCACCUGAAGCUCGAUGGAUAGAGCAAGCGUACAUCGACACCUUGCGCGACACCAGGUUUGGGGAGCUGCGCUGCUUUAUUGUCAGCGGCGAAGUAACCCGCAUCAUACGGACGGUGCCCAGCGGUGAUGGAAUGACCUGCAAUGGCGUGGACGACGGGUGGCCAUCACUGGCUCAGCAUUGGAGGAUAUAUCACGGCAUGCCUCCAUCCCCUACGCAGCAACGCCAGGGCAUUCUUGAGCUGACGUCAUUUGUCCUGGACACGUACAAAGCGCUCGUCGGAAGAGAAAAGGCAGCACUCGCAAUCAGGGACAGUGACCUGGAGGUAGUUUGCAGGAUGGACAUUGGCUUGCUGAUGGACGAUGUUGCGGCACAUUACUUCGUCUUAGAGGUCGAGAGAGGGUUGACGCUAUGUAUGUUCUCGCACCAUGAUGUCGAAGGAGCGUCCCAAGACAUAGAGGCUGUGGCAACAUGUAUCCUUAGCCACAUUUAG